AUGUCUGACUCGGAACAAUCCGUCAAGGUUCUUAACGAACUUUUUGAGAAGCUUUCGGUCGCUACUCCAGAGACCAGACAAGCUACCGCUGCUGAGAUCUCUUCGUUCGUGAACGGCAACAUCAUCGAACAUGAUAUUCCAGAACAGUUCUUCGCCUCUAUCUCUAAGGCUUUGAAGGACAAGAAGACUGCUGCUAACGCCUUGGAAGCCAUCUUGCGUGUUGCCAGUGAAAGCAACUUGUCCCCAGCCGUGGAAGCCAGUGUUGUUCGCUUGGUUCCCGAGGUGUCUGCUAAGAGUGCCGACAAGGACAAGGACGUGCAACAACAAGCCUCUAUUACUUUGGUUGCUAUCGUCAAGGCCGUCAACCCAGUUGCCGUCAAGAUUUUGCUGCCUCACCUAACCUCCCGUCUAGCCGACACCAACAAAUGGCAAGAGAAGGUUGCCAUUUUGGCUGCCAUUUCUGCUUUGGUUGAUGCUGCCAAGACCCAAGUUGCUCUAAGAAUGCCUGAGUUGAUCCCAGUCUUGUCCGAAGCCAUGUGGGAUACCAAGAGGGAGGUCAAGGAAGCUGCCACUGCCACUAUCACCAAGGCCACUGAAACCGUUGAGAACAAGGAUAUUGAACGUUUCAUUCCUAAGUUGAUCGAAUGUAUUGCCGACCCCAACGAAGUCCCAGAAACUGUUCACUUGUUGGGUGCUACCACUUUCGUUGCCGAAGUUACCCCAGCCACCUUGUCUAUCAUGGUUCCAUUGUUGGCCAGAGGUUUGGCUGAAAGAGAAACCUCCAUCAAGCGUAAGGCUGCUGUCAUUAUCGACAACAUGUGUAAGCUGGUCGAAGACCCACAAGUUGUUGCUCCUUUCUUGAGCAAGCUAUUGCCAGGUUUGAAGAACAACUUUGCCACUAUUGCCGACCCUGAAGCUCGUGAAGUUACUUUGAGAGCUUUGAAGACUUUGAGAAGAGUCGGUAACGUUAGUGAAGAUGAUACUUUGCCAGAAGUUUCCCACGCUGGUGACAUUUCCACCACCAGAGGUGUUUUGGACGGUUUGCUAAAGGACGUCAAGCCAGCUCCAAGAUUCGAACACGUUGUCCAGUACGUUGCCGGUAUUGCCGCCGACUUGAUCGACGAAAGAAUCAUUGACCAACAAGCUUGGUUCACUCACGUUUUGCCUUACUCCACCGUAUUCUUGCACGAAAGACAAGCCAAAGAAAUUAUCGACGACUUCAGAAAGUUGGCUGUUGACAACAUCCCAGUUGGUCCAAACUUCGACGACGAAGAAGAUGAAGGUGAAGAUCUAUGUAACUGUGAGUUCUCUCUAGCUUACGGUGCUAAGAUCUUGUUGAACAAGACUCAAUUGAGAUUGAAGAGAGCUAGAAGAUAUGGUUUGUGUGGUCCUAACGGUGCCGGUAAGUCUACCUUGAUGAGAGCUAUUGCCAACGGUCAAGUUGACGGUUUCCCAACUCAAGAUGAAUGUAGAACCGUCUACGUCGAACACGAUAUCGAUGGUACUCACGCUGAGACCUCUGUUGUUGACUUCGUUUUCCAAGGUGACGUUGGAACCAAGGAUGUCAUCACCGCCAAGCUAAUAGAAUUCGGUUUCUCCGACGAAAUGGUCAACAUGCCAAUCUCCUCCCUAUCUGGUGGUUGGAAGAUGAAGUUGGCUCUAGCCAGAGCUGUGUUGAAGAACGCCGACAUCUUGUUGUUAGAUGAGCCAACUAACCAUUUGGAUACUGUUAACGUUGCUUGGUUGGUCAACUACUUGAACACCUGUGGUAUCACUUCUAUUAUUGUCUCUCACGACUCCGGUUUCUUGGACAACGUCACUCAAUACAUUAUUCACUACGAAGGUUUGAAGCUAAGAAAGUACAAGGGUAACAUGUCUGAAUUCGUUAAGAAGUGCCCAACCGCCCAAUCCUACUACGAGUUGGGUGCCUCAGACUUGGAGUUCAGAUUCCCAGAACCAGGUUUCUUGGAAGGUGUCAAGACCAAGCAAAAGGCUAUUGUCAAGGUCUCCAACAUGACCUUCCAAUACCCAGGUACUGCCAAGCCUCAAAUUUCCGACAUUUCUUUCCAAUGUUCGCUAUCUUCAAGAAUUGCUGUUAUUGGUCCUAAUGGUGCCGGUAAGUCCACCCUGAUCAACGUGUUGACUGGUGAACUAUUGCCAACCGAGGGUGAAGUCUACACCCACGAAAACUGUCGUAUUGCCUACAUUAAGCAACACGCUUUCGCUCACAUUGAAUCUCACUUGGACAAGACACCAUCUGAAUACAUUCAAUGGAGAUUCCAAACUGGUGAAGACAGAGAAACCAUGGACAGAGCCAACAGACAAAUUAACGAAGAUGAUGCUGAAGCUAUGAACAAGAUCUUCAAGAUCGAAGGUACUCCUAGAAGAAUUGCCGGUAUCCACGCCAGAAGAAAGUUCAAGAACACUUACGAAUACGAAUGUUCUUUCAUGUUGGGUGAAAACAUUGGCAUGAAGUCUGAAAGAUGGGUCCCAAUGAUGUCUGUUGACAACGCCUGGAUUCCAAGAGGUGAAUUGGUCGAAUCCCACUCCAAGAUGGUCGCCGAAGUUGACAUGAAGGAAGCUUUGGCUUCCGGUCAAUUCCGUCCUUUGACCAGAAAGGAAAUCGAAGAGCACUGUGCCAUGUUGGGUCUAGACUCUGAAUUGGUGUCUCACUCCAGAAUCAGAGGUUUGUCCGGUGGUCAAAAGGUUAAGCUGGUUUUGGCCGCCUGUUCGUGGCAAAGACCUCACUUGAUUGUCUUGGAUGAGCCUACCAACUAUUUGGACAGAGAUUCUUUGGGUGCUUUGUCCAAGGCUUUGAAGGCUUUCGAAGGUGGUGUCAUUAUCAUUACCCACUCUGCUGAAUUCACCAAGAACUUGACCGAAGAAGUUUGGGCCGUCAACAACGGUAUCAUGGUUCCAUCUGGCCACAACUGGGUUGCUGGUCAAGGUUCUGGUCCAAGAUUGGAGAAGAAGGAAGACGAAGGCGACAAAUUCGAUGCCAUGGGUAACAAGAUCAGCUCAGGUACCAAGAAGAAGAAGUUGUCUUCCGCUGAACUAAGAAAGAAGAAGAAGGAAAGAAUGAAGAAGAAGAAGGAAUUGGGUGACGCUUACGUUUCUUCCGAUGAAGAAUUUUAA